UAAAUACUAUACUAGUGGAAAUAUCGAAACAUUGAUUGUUGAUACGACGGCUGCCGCGGCCGCAGCAGUGAAUAUCUAGUUAGUGUGCUUGGUGCUUUGGUUCGAGAGUGGCAGUCAUGCGAGCGCCCGGUGCUGCGCUGCUGGCGCUUUGCAUCUCCCUUGCAACGAGCGCUGAAAUACGUAAACUGCAGUCGUUCACCGGACAACAAGCGGGUCCUGCCGCGAUUGAGGGAGCACAGGCGGGCACAGCGCAGCCGGACGCCACGUUAGCCCACGCCCGCAGGCAGUGGCACGCGAGCCAUGCUAGCCACGCGAGCCACGACAGUCGCAAGACCGGUAUCGGCAGGCAAUCCCGCGCAUCAAUCGGCAGGGCGGCCUCGUCACCGUUCUCGCUGCCAUCCGGCGCCGGACUUGCUGCACGCAGUGCCCUCGUUGUCGAUAACCGUUGGUCCAAAAUUAUUCAAGAAUACAUGCGGACUGGUGAGACGUCGGCGAUGUCCGGAAUGGCCGGACAGUUUCCACAGAGUCCGGUGACGGUCGACUUGCCGGUCGGUGGCGGCAACGGUAGAGCGCCGGAAACGUUGCCUGUGCUCGUGCUGCCGAUACCCGUGCCGGUGCAGCAAUGUCCGGCUAACUACGAGCGACCCAUAUCUCAGCCACUGAAACACGAGCAACCAGCUCUCCAGCCGGUCGUGGUGGACAACCAGGUAGCGCCACCGCCCGUGCCGUUCGGCAUCGUCUUCCCGAAUCGAGUGUCCGAGCCUGCCCGUCCUGUCAAUAACUACCUACCCAGUGAUAGAGAGCCUUCUUCACAGACAGUCUCUCUUGUGUCAUCACAACAGCUGAUCGAAGCAUUCAGGGCUCAACAGCCGCGAUCCCCUGAACUCCCCCCGCUGGUGCUGCCUCACUCGCCAAAAAAUGUCGUUACCCGCGGUCUCUUAGACUUAGGUAGACGGAUUUUGGGUCAGGGCGAGCCACCGAAGCUCUCUUUCGACCGCUCGAUGAUGAUGAAGGGCCAUCUCACUGUUCCGAAAGCUGAUUACACGGAACCCUAUACGGCAUUGUAUGAUGCGGACAGCGGCAUGAACCGCGUGGACAUGCACGGCGGCACGUCCUCUUCGUACCGAGCGCAAGUACCGGACGGCACCACGCUCCGAGUCAUGAAAUCACUAGACCGCACAGGGGAGAAGGAAAUGAGGAGAUGUGUAAUGAUGAGAUCGACGACCGGCCAAACGGAUCGAGCGCCUCCUGUGCUUCCCGAUCCGAAACCAUUUUCCUUCGCUGGGUACGUUGAUAUGGAAGAUGGACAAAAAGCAGAAAAAUGGGCGUACAAUGUGUCGGGCGGGCCGGGCGAGAUGGGAGGCGCUCGGGACGAGGCUCUCACCUAUCGACACGAAAUGCACGUGACGCGCGACAAGGACGGCUACAACAUACCACUCAGAUAUGCCGUCAACGUGGACAGCUCAACGCUGGGCCCCAACAGCGACAGCUACGAGCACCAGUACACGCGAGUGGAGCAGGCCACGCCCCAGCUACAAGAUCUGCGUAUUGAUAUGGAUCUCGAAUGCGACCAAGUUGAGGAGACGGAAGAUAUGGCGAAGGUGGACCCGAUGAGAGAGUACACGUUGCCAGAGGGCGAUGAACGUCACAAUGAGGGCAUUCUAAGCUAUGCAUCAAAAUUUGCACGGAAAUUCAUAGACAGCGGAGAAGAAGCGGUGCGCAAGAACUUGCUGAUGCAAACAACACGGUUCGUCGAGUCCGCUAACCGCCAGGCCGGCACUGCCAAGAUGGGCUUGAACUUUCUGGCGGAUCGGCUCCUGUCAGAGGUGGAGUAUCUCACGGGCGUGGUAGUGAGCAAGGACCUGCGGCCUUCUGAGCCAUUCCCUUAUCUGCGCAAUCAGUUACGUGACGUAGCCGACAAAUUGAUUGAUAGGUUCGAUUGGCGGUCACAGGAUGCCGUCACACACGUGCGUUAUCAAAAUGCUUGCAAAGCAUGCUGGGCAUUUGCCGUAACCGCGGCAAUAGAGGGCGCUCUCAAGGUUCAAUCCGGCAAGUUGGUGCCACUGAGUGAGAAGGCAUUAGUAGACUGUGGACACAAGACCGGAGCCAAUGGCUGCGGCGGCACGUGGCCCAGUCGCGCCUACGACUACGUGAGAGACCGUGGUCUACCCUCGCUAGGCGAAUAUAGAAAAUAUGAACCUAAGGUGGACUCGUGUGAGGACGACCGCGUGACGCCGGUCACCUUCAUCCGUGGCCACGUGAACGUCACUCGAAACAACAUUGCUGCCCUGAAGGUGGCGAUUGCUAAACAUUCCCCCACCGUGGUCACCGUGGACGGCCUUUGCUACAGCUUCCUGCGCUACACUAGCGGCGUAUUGCAGGACGAGAGAUGUUCCAGGACUGCUGAAAAUCAUGCUGUAACUGCUGUGGGAUAUGGUCCAAAUGGACUGAAUGGGAUAUACUUCACGCUCAAGAACUCCUGGGGUACUAGUUUUGGUGAAAAUGGAUUCAUACGUGUGCACGGCACUUCAAACACUGCCGGCGUCCUCACCAGACCUUCGUAUCCAGUCUUAAAGAGCGAAGACGUGAGACGUAUACCCGAAUCAGAUGUCGACGACCCAUAUCAGGACGAGGUGGGAGGCGGGGUCAAAACUAGAUGAUCCUGUAGCGAGAGAGCAUACUGUAUUAGAAUAAUAGGCACAGGGGAUUCAAUCUGCCUACAUUUUUUAAAUAGAUACUCAAAGUAAUCCGACCAUGACAUUAUUAUUAAUUUUCUAUAAUAACUAAAUCAUAUUUAAACUCUAUAAACAUUUUAAAUACAUCUUACGAGAAUUAAAGUAAAAAAAAAAACAAAAA